UAUAACGUAGAAAUUGGUGGAGUUUUACUUCGUUUUAUUGUAGUAUAUCGGACUUGGUUCUCUGUGUGCGAUGUCAAAGCUACCGCCGUUAACAAACUUGCCUUCUUGGUCACGGAGCUCUUUAGAAAGACGGAAAGUUCAGAGGUCUAUCACGAAAGAUCCUGUCGUUUCUUCGAGCAGAAAUCAAACUGAAAACCCUCCGGCGAUCCGCAGAGAUAGUGGAUUAAAGUUAUCUCAUUCUGCGAAGACAGCAACGAAUAGGAUCGUGUCUGCGCCUUCUUCGCCUCAAGAAAAAGCAAGAUCUCGAAGAGAGACGCAGUUGCAGAAUAAUCUCACCUUUUUACAAGAACAACAUCAAGAAACUCUCACGAAAUUACAUGAGGAAAUUGAGAAACUAAAAAGCGAAAACAAAGAAUUAAAUUUCAAGUUAAUUGUGACAAGUGAAAAUUCUACUCCUUCAUCAGCAUCAGGGUCAAAAUCAAGAGCAAGUGGUAGUUACUACAGAAGCAAAAUUAGACGACUUGAAAACGAUAUCAAAAACAUAAAACUAUCUUUGAUUGAAGCUCAGAAACAAAACCUUGAUUUAUCCAAACGUUUAAACGAAAGGGAAUUAUCGGGAAAACGCUAUAAAACUCUGCCGCCAGUCUCGAGUCUCACAAAUGCAAAGCUUAAAGGCAGCGAAAGUACACAGCAAGAUGUGAAGGCGGCUUCCACCUCAAAUAGCGGACCCAAUUUAGCAAGUCGUGAGAGCAUAGAUCAGAAUAUAAACCAUCUCAACUUGUUCAGUCCUGGAAAAACAACCGUACUUCAGGUAACGUUUGGUAAGAAAGGUGAAAUAUAUGUUCAACCUCCCACUGGAACGCAGUCUAGAUCACCAACGAUGUCUGAAUGCAAGGAUAUCAUACAUUAUCUUGAGGAUACUAACAAAAGACAAGGCCAAGAGCUAAUCAAAUUAAGAGAAGAAAAGAAGGAAGGAAAUUACACUACAAAAUUUUCACCAGAUACUUACCUCGUUACAAAAACGCUGAACGGACGAGCCCACUAUGACCAGAAUAGCGUUAUUCUCCCUGCUCUUCGUCCUGCGGGUUCAGGAAAUGUGGCGGAACGUCGUCGUGGACAGCAAGCUGUGCUCCGAGGUCGCGGCAAGAGAGAUAUGAACUGUUAGGAACAAUGUAGAACAACAUAUGAUAAUUGUGAUCACACAAUGUACUUUAUGAAAACUUGUAUAUACACAAGUGUAGUAUAGUCAAAAUUGGCAAGAUAUUAAAACUUUUACUUGAAAAUCUUGAUUUAUCUUU